CGAACCUCCUUCUUCAUCGACCAUCGUUACAUUUCCCCUCGUUUUUGUGGACAAUAGAAACACACAGAGAAAAAAUUAUGAAUCAGAUGAUACCGCAACAAUGGGCGUCUCCCUGCGGAAAUCAAUGCACACACAAGUACGCAGCUCUCACGCAGAUUCCGUGGAGAGUAUUUUGCAAAAAAGGUUGUGGUGCUGAUGGAGACACAUGGGAAGAAUGCUUGGAAGAGUGUAAUGAGAUUUGUUAUAAGGAUCCUGUAUUAAAGGACCACCAAUGGAGUGCAUACAUUGACCGUUCUCCUGGAGCUGCUAAUUACUCUGAGGAAUGUUUCCAUGCUUGUGUUGCUGGCUGUGGUUAUAAGUUUGACAUUCACCCAGAGAAAGUUGAUCAAGUUCGUCCAAACAGGCCACUUCCACUUCCACCUCCCCCUGUCUCAAAGCCACAUCCUCCCACUGUGGAACACCGUGGACCUUCAGAAGAUGUACCUGCCACCUCAGCAUAGUCAGAUACAAAUGCAAUUUUUAGCAGAGAAAUUUAUACUAAAAGUUUUGUUGGCUUAAUAGUUUGCGGGAACAUUAUACUUGCUACUUGCAUACUGAUGAUAUAAAUCAGUAGUCUUUGGUUCUCGUCAGCUGAGGCUUAGAUUUUGUCCUGGUCGGGGUUUAUAAGCUUUCUCCGUCACCUGAGAUAACUGGAAAUGUAAAAUUUGAUACAUUAAAUUAAUGGCAGAUGGAAUCUGUUGAUAUUGAUAAUU